CCAGCUCCCAGCGCUGUUCAGUGCCCGGCGCAACCCCAGGAGGAUGCAGCUGCUGUCUGUACGGCGACCUCAGCAUGGCCUUUGAGGGCGUGUUGUACAACCUCGAGAAUGAGCAGCAGUUCUGGGAUGAGCUGGACGAGAUUGUUUCCACGCGCUGCAGCGACCACGAGAGAAUAGACGAUGCCCUGCGCUCGUAUCUCAGCUUCACUACCGAAUUCAGAGCCGAGUACCUCUCUACUGAAGACGACAUCACCAAGUGUAGUCGCCGUCUCAUAGAAGGCGACCUCUUUGCGAACCACAAAGACUAUGUCCGCCGGCAAAUUGUGUAUUGCAUACUACAGGAGGACGAUAACCCAACUCUCCAUCUAGUCGCGACCUUUCUGCUGGUCGAUGGCAGCAAUCACGAUGCCACCUUCGAGAUGAUGCAGGCCGAGGGCGCCUUCUCGCGCCUAGUCGAGCUCGUACAACGCCCGGAAGUUGAAGCGGAUAUGGACUUGCACCAGCUUCUCUUGAAGCUCUUGUAUGAAAUGUCACGAAUACAGAAGUUGAGCUGGGACGAUCUGGUGGCUGUAGAUGAUGCUUUCGUUCUGCGUCUCUUUCAAAUCAUAGAGGGGGCUUCAUACGACGUUGACGAUCCUUACCACUACCCCGUAAUUCGCGUUCUGCUGGUCCUGAACGAGCAAUACAUGAUUGCAUCCACAUCUUCGGCCACCGUUUCUCCGCCACCAAGAGUAACCAACCGCGUAAUAAAGGCCCUCUCCACCCACGGCUUAAGCUACAAGACCUUCGGAGAAAACAUCAUUCUCCUCUUGAACCGCGAGUCCGAGUUGUCCCUCCAACUGCUAAUCCUCAAGCUCCUCUUUCUCAUAUUCCAGUCAUCAUCCACGGCCGAGUAUUUUUAUACCAACGAUCUCCACGUGUUAAUAGACGUCAUUCUGCGCAACCUUUUAGACCUUCCCUACGACGAACCACGCGCAGAGUCUCUACGCCACACCUACCUCCGCGUUCUCCAUCCGCUACUAGCAAAUAGUCAAGUCAGCCGGCCGCCUCACUACAAACGUACCGACAUCCUCCGCCUCCUUAACAUGCUAGCGACAAGUGGCACCCAUUUCGCUCCUAUCGACGACACGACACUCCGCCUCGUCAAGCGCUGCACCACCGUUCCCUGGCUUCAAGAAGCCGGUAACCCCUCCCGCUCGAAUUCUUACUCAGACGCCGAAGGCGGCGCGAGCGCCCCCUUGACCCCACUUUCCGGAUCCCAUGAAAACAAUGCAAUCGGCGAGGGCCAGAGGGAGCUUGCAAGGCGCAUGCUAGGCAUGAGUGUGAAGGCUGGAAACGAAAGCGCGACAAGUGUUGUCGCGGUGGCUGCACAUACGGCGAGGCCUGGGAUACAAACACCGAGCAAAGUGCGAGAUGCGCAGGAGGACUAGGUUGAGAUAGCAACGACUUGAAGAAUUUUCCAUGGUCAGCAUUAUCGGCAGGAUCUUUAGGCAUAUUAUGUUGAGCUGGAUAGAGUGAAUGCAUCGUGGGCGGCGUUUAUCGAUCACGUGGAGCGUUAUGGUAUGCGAGGUUUUGGAAUUCAUCUUUUCUUCAGUGGGGAGUGGCGGGAGAAGUUCUCUUAAUGGCGUAUUGUAGAUGAGGAUUCAAGAUAUCCAGGGCGGAGUAUAUAGUAACCACACAAGCUUACCUCAACAGUAUCCCCUUGGCAUGUCCUUCGCAUCUAUACAUACAAAAAGUUCUUCCGUGGUCAGAUUC